CAGCCCAGUGAUUGGUGGAGCGCGUGUUUCCAGAGACGCUGAUCACGAGCGAGACUGCGCACUGAUCUAUACAGGAGAACCAACGGGGACAGAUUUACUACAACAGACACUGUUCUGUCAGGAAUAAAUACGAAGAGAAUUAUUGUACUACAGUGACAAUACUGACGUUGUGGGAUGGCGGUGAAUGUGUACUCCACCUCUAUGACUAUUGAGAAUCUGAGCAGACAUGAAAUGCUCGCCUGGGUGAACGACUCCCUGCAUCUCUCCUACACCAAGAUAGAGCAACUAUGUUCAGGUGCGGCAUAUUGUCAGUUCAUGGACAUGUUGUUUCCCGGCUCUAUCCUGCUGAAGAAGGUGAAAUAUCAGGCGAAACUGGAGCAUGAAUAUAUUCACAACUUCAAAGUGCUGCAGGCGGCGUUCAAGAGAAUGAGCGUGGACAAGAUCAUUCCAGUGGAGAGACUGGUCAAGGGCAAGUUUCAGGAUAACUUUGAAUUUGUUCAAUGGUUUAAGAAACUCUUCGAUGCCAACUACGAUGGGAAGGAGUACGACCCUCAGUUGGCGCGACAGGGUCAAGACGUCUCACCUGUACCCAACCCAGGUGAAGUCAUUUUCCACAAGCCCAAGAAUCCUCCUAGAUCAGCAGGGCCUCAGCGGACAUCACCAACAGCACCCAAAACCAUGCCAGCCCCACCACGUGCCAUAAGCUCCACCCCCUCAACUGGCAUGAGACGGAACAUGCAGGUGUCACGGAACGGAGGCAGCGAUGCCGAGAUCAUGGAACUCAACCAGCAGCUUUUAGAUCUGAAGUUGACGGUCGAUGGUUUGGAGAAGGAACGAGAUUUUUACUUCAGUAAACUCCGAGACAUUGAGUUGAUCUGUCAAGAACAUGAGAGCGACAGUAACCCAACCCUGGAAAAGAUCAUCGGCAUCCUGUACACAACAGAGGACGGUUUUGCUCCUCCAGAAGACGAUGAUAUUGAAGAACCACCACAAGACCAGGACGAAUACUGAUCCAUCCACCUCACAGCCUCUCUCUCUCACUCUCUCUCUCUCUCUCUCACUCUUUAUCCUUUCUCCCACCCACUGAGGGGCGUGGUUUAAUAUGGUAAUGGAUCAAGUAGGGAUGUUUUUCUGGAGCGUUGAGUUUGAGUUCAUGCUGCAGUGAUGUUAUGAAGCUGAUGUUUUAUUGGCUGUGGGUUUUAAAUGAGUCUCAAUGACUCCAGCACUGAAACAAUGGCGAUGCAAUGACACUUUUUACAGUGCAUUUAAUGUAUAUCUGCACAUAAACACACGUGUCUGUUCUGCUUCUUUUAUAUUUUGCAGUGCUGAUGUAGCCGAAACUCCCAGCCAAGUGUUUUGACUGACAGUCUUAUUUUUGAGCCCUGAUCAAUUAAUUUAUUAGAAGGAUUGAUGCUUAUGUCAUUUUUAUUUGUAUAUCCGUUUUAAACUAAUUCCGGAAGGGAAUUUUUGUAGUGCAAUGAACCAUAGAGACACUAAAGAAAGUGUGUGUGUGUCAGUGAGAGCGUGUGUGUGUGUGUGAGAGCGCGUGUGUGUGUGUGUGUGUGUGUGUGUGUGAGAGCGUAUGUGUGUCUGUCAGUGAGACCGUGUGUGUGUCAGUGAGACCGUGUGUGUGUGAGAGCGUGUGUGUGUGUGUGUGUCAGUGAGACCGUGUGUGCGUGUGUGAGAGCGUGUGUGUGUCAGUGAGACCGUGUGUGUGUGUGUGAGUGCGUGUGUGAGAGCGUGUGUGUGUGUAUGUGUGUGUGUGUCAGUGAGAGCGUGUGUGUGUGUCAGUGAGACCGUGUGUGUGUGUCAGUGAGAGCGUGUGUAUGAGUGUGUGUGUGUGUGUCAGUGAGACCGUAUGUGCGUGUGUGAGAGCAUGUGUGUGUGUGUCAGUGAGACCAUGUGUGUGUGUGUGUGUGUGUUUGUCAGUGAGACCGUGUGUGUGUGUGUCAGUGAGAGCGCGCGCGCAUGUGUGUGAGAGAGCGUGUCUGUGUGUGUGUGUGUGUCAGUGAGACCGUGUGUGUAUCAGUGAAAGCGUGUGUGUGUGUGUGUGUCAGUGAGACCGUGUGUGUGCGUGUGUCAGUGAGACCAUGUGUGUGUGUGUGUGUGUGUGUGUCAGUGAGACCGUGUGUGUAUCAGUGAAAGCGUGUGUAUGUAUGUGUCAGUGAGAGCGUGUGUGUGUGUGUGUGUGUGUCAGUGAGACCGUGUGUGUGCGUGUGUCAGUGAGACCGUGUGUGUGUGUGUGUGUGUGUGUGUGUGUCAGUGAGACCGUGUGUGUGUCAGUGAGACCGUGUGUGUGUGUGUGUGUGUGUGUGUGUGUGUGUGUGUGUGUGUGUCAGUGAGACCGUGUGUGUGUGUGUGUGUGUGUGUGUGUGUCAGUGAGACCGUGUGUGUGUCAGUGAGAGCGUGUGUGUGUGUGUGAGAGAGAGCGCGCACGCGUGUGUGUGUGUGAGGUUGUGUGAGAGCAUGUGAGUUGUGAGAGCGUGUGUGUGUGUGUGUGAGAGAGAGAGAAAGAAAUUGUCAAUAGUGCAGAUGGGACACUUAUUUAUUCACAAAGAACACUAAAACAACUAACAUUGAAAAAAACAUUCAAUAUCUUAAUUCAACUAAGAAGGAGAAAACACACUUUGCCAUUAGUAAUGGUUAACUUUGAGUUUUUUAGCUGCUAUAUUUUAAGUUAACAUUGUCUUUUUAUUUUUGUUGCACAGAAUUAAAUAUCACACAGGUCAGUUUUGAUUGACAAGACCUGUGUCACUGACCCUUUACCCCUCAUUCUGUCAUCUGCUGUCACGGAAACUGUGACCAUGUUAAUUAUUUGCAAACAUGCAUCCAUUUGGAGUUUUACUAUGUAAAAUAAAAAUGUGUGCAGGAAAAACAUUUGUACUGGUUU